AUGGAUGUGUUUAUGGCGGAAGACUUCUCACAAGAAAAUUCUUCAACUCUACAAAAGAUGGACCUGAUUAAGACUGUGAGAGGUCUUGACCAAAACGGUCCAGGCGAAGAUGGAAAGAAUCUAGAAAAGUUAUGGAACAGUUUGACUGUAUCAGCAGAUAGCCAAUUCCAUGCUGCAGAGGAGAGCAGCUUGCGAUGGCUGCUAAAGUCGAUGAACGGCGCAUCAAAAGAUGCCGAAACUUUGCGACGCUGGCCCCUGACCUGGACUAUCCUUGAAUGUGUCUUUCAGCGCAUUCCUUUAUUCUCACUCGCAAAGUCUCUUGCCGAUAGACGAUUCAUUGCAGUACUGCAGCAAACUCUGAAAGAUAUCUCACAACCAGCUACGAACUUAUCAUUCAGUUCCUCCAAGAGAAAGCGGUCGCCAACGAAGAGCUUCGACCUCGAAGCUCUACGAGAUACCGAAGGGUGCCUUAUGAGUGGAGAUGCUUUACUAAGUGCCCUGAAGACAUUACUGGACCGCCUUCGUUCAUCUGCCACGCAAUCAUCCCACGACAAGAUCGGCGCAGAGCAUAUCCGAUCUCUGUUCUGUACCUCAGCAGCUGAUGCAGCGACCCUGGCAUCAUUGUCCCUAAAGCUGUGCAAUGUUGCGCUUACUAGCGGUGAAGAGCAAGAAGGGAGGGAAUACUGGAUCGAGACGAUAUCAUCCAUCUGGGAUUUUCACUUGCAAGGAACCGAUGAUACACUGGAGGUCGCAGCACAGCUAUUCACACCAUCCGCUGCCAUCUUCAGCAAACUUGAGGGUAUCGAUGGAUCACACGACAGGGUUACACGAGACCCCCUACGGGCGAAAUGGACGAUCGAUUUGGAAAAUCUCAUGCAUCGCAAUUUGAUACUCCCCGCCCGAGCCGCCUUCAUUAACCGACAAGAUAUGGAACCCAUCGCCAGAGCACUUCAUGCAGCCGAGAAAAACCUUGAAACGGCAGCUCCUGCGCUGUACUUCUUAGCUUCAAGUGUGACAGAUGCUCUUAGUGAAGGAAGGUUACGGAAGGGAAAUAUCGACUGGAUGAAGCAGAUCUUCAAAGUUGUGGAAGGCUCGCUAAGAGGACGAGAGAACAGAGAUAAGCUGGUGCAGGCUGUUCUGGAGCGAGCGGCUGAAAAGUCAAUGUCAAUCGACACAAAUGAUCUGCGUUCUGUUUGUCGAGAGUAUGCCCUACAGGAGGAUAGCAUAAACUGGCAUUUAACCGCAGUCAUUGCUGGUUGUGAUUUUGAUGUGUUCAAGCUCCCCGAAGGCGAAAGCCUGCUAGAGACAGUCUGCGAGCGAAGCGUCUCCUCAGAGCUUAAGCAUCAGGAUCUAGAAUCAGUUUCCAAAAUCAUUCAAGCCAUCGCUCAAGUAUACCGAACUGGACGAGAUUUCGCUGGGUUCCUGAAGUUGUGGUUCCAGCAGCUUUGUAAGGUUGAGAAGAAGAAGACCAAGACUGCCUCACCAUGGCUUCAGGUUGGCCAAGAGAAGCAGGGAAAUACUUCAUUCGAGAGCUUGAUUGAAAAGGAGAUGUCACCACAGCAGCUUCUGGAGAUUUUGGAGUGGGUCAAGGAAGAGAAACUGCACUCCAGGACACUCUGCCUCUUCUUGGACUGCGUUGCUCAAGGCAUUCGAAGCGAGACAUACGUGGAUGCCGUUGGCAGUAAGCUAUUUGACUUGGUAAGCCAAGUGAAAAAGACGUCGUCCACCCUGACAGCACUGAAGUGGGGAGUUGUGUCGAAGACCAUUUCUUGGGUGACCCCUCAGUCACGAGCUGAUAUUUGGGCCUCUGUCCAAGGACAACUGACCAAGAUUUUGUCUGAGUCACCUCUCGAGUCUAAGGAAACGUAUGAAGCCUUCAAAUGCUGUUGCCAAGCUUGGGUUUCCUUGAGCCCUGAUGACGCACAUAUCAGCGAGCCCGCAAGCCUGGUGGAUGCUUUCACCAAUCGACUGUCAAAGGACCUGCUCUCAUCAAAGUCCCUGAAGGGGAGAGACCUUUCAUCAUUCUUACAGCAUGGUUAUAAGCCAGAUUUCCUCGAAGAAGCUGCCCCAGAGCAUUAUUUGGCCUGGUUUUUGCGGGGCUCUGGCCGUUUAAGCCGAUUCGUUUAUGGCACCAAAGCUACCCUCCCCAAAGCAUUGCAGAAUGCGUUAUCUCUACCCAGCAGUGAAGUUACUCAUUCGAGGGAUAUUUGGGCAUGCCUCCUUGAGAACGAAAACAACAUGAACACAGUCAAAGUCGCUGGCGACCUUAUCGACCGACUGAUCAAGUCGUUGGAAGAGGAUGGAAAGGAGAAGCGAUGGCCUGCAGAGAGCAGCCAGGCCUGGAUUCGGAGCCUGAGCAGUACUCAUACAGAUGCCUUUACUCGACCGCAGAGAGAACGUAUUAUGGAAUUACUCAAUGCUCACAGAGCAAAGACGACAAAACGGAUAUCGAUCGAGGGGUGGAGAUACAUUCUCGGACUGUCCACUAAAUUGAUGGGCCGAGCGACUUUCUACGAAGGAAUGGAAUUCCCCCAUUUAGUUGAUGUUGCGGAUGCUAUGUCAGACAUCUCUAGCUCCACGCCUACUCAAGACGGCACUUUAAUCGAUCUGAUCGAAGCAUAUUAUAUGAUGGCGGCGGCCACUAUUCGACAGAUGGCGGAGCAUUUGGACGAGCGAAGUAACAAAUAUUUUGAGGAGAGUCGCAGUUUCAUUUCUGACUGUGAAGAAGCUGGGGACUUGUCGCCUUUCCGCAUGACCCUUUUGAAAGCGUUAAUCACAGAGGCUGAGAAGUCGCCAAACUUCGCCAGCCAUCCUGAGCUAAGCACAGUGUCUGAUGCAGCAAAGGAUGCAUUAGGAAAAUGUGUGAUUGCAGCUACUGGCUACUUCUUGAAAACGAAGAAGGCAUUUGAGACUCACAAUGUCAUUGCCGACCUCAGGCUUCUUGCUGCAGUCGAUGCCGCAGACUCGAUGGAGAGUCUUUCAGGGGCUUCCAGACUAAAGGAAUCGGACAUAAGAAAGGCGGAAAAGAGCAGCCAUGCAGCCAUGGCGGCAGGAGAUCUCCGUGGAUGGCAAAUACAAACGUUCCUCAGGACCUACUUCUCUGCGCAUCUGGAAGAACCCCGACCAACAACGUUUUACAGCAUCAGCCAGGUACCACAGGAACUUCGCGAGCCUUUCUUCCAGAGCAAUGUUGCUUCGGUCACAAAGGAGAUGGACACCUCCGCUAAGAUGGCGUACUUGAGGGACCUCAUUCAUGUGUUUGUGCAAGGUUCGGACUCGGAUGGUCAAGCAUCGGCUAUCUAUACCGUUGUGAACCAGCUCCUAGCAUGCCCUGAUCUACAAGGGAAAGGCUCCGGGUUUGACCUGGCGACCGCUCACAGUGAGCUGACCUCAACCCUGUUGACGCUCAAGAGCCAGUCCGUUUGUACCCGAGUGUGUCGUAUUCUCUGCACACUCCUGGAGAAGAAGCCCCAGUCGAUGACCCAAUGGAACAUCGAGUUGGUGCUCAAUACCAUCUCUGACUUGAGCCUGUCAACGAAGACGCUUGACGAACAAGUGUCCAAUGAAAGAGUACCCUUUGCCCUGUUGUGCAAUUUGAUGGAAGUUAUCAUCAAGAAACACCGUCUCCGGCUUGAAGGUCAUCACCACCUUCUCUUGUCAGCAAUGCAGGCUCUCCUCCGUAACCUCAUUAUCAACCGCAGUACUACUGAUACCUUAAGCCAAAGCUCGCACGAGACAAAAGCUCAUCGCUAUGCCCGUCUUGUUACUCUUAUCUGCGAACCAACAGCAGGUGCUGUGUCUCGAUCUCAGCACCAGAGUUCUCUUGACUCAGCUACAGAUGCGGCAAAGCGUUCAGCUGGACGACAUAUGUACCUGGUCAUGAUGCAGUACGUCAAGUUACAGCUUGAAGCUGAUGUGCCCCGCCGUGUGAGAGAAGCUCUUGAGCCUGCCAUGAACUCCAUCUUCGAUAUCACACCCCCUGAGGUGAGGAAGAUUUUGAACGACGCCAUGGAUGGAAGCGGACGUGCUAUUGUGAAGGAAAUGUUCAAGUCAUAUACCAAGUUUGGUAAAUGGAGCGGCGUAUAA